AGGAGCUGCAAGACAGAAGGGAAGCAGACCGGUACCUACUGAACGUGUCAGAGAGCCGGGGAAGGGCUUUCCGUCCUGCCUGGGGUCGGAGACUUUGGGAAGGUUCCAGGGUCUGCUGGGCGAGCGGGUGCUCGCAAUCCCGCUUAGCCCCACAGCCCACUACUCUCGACCAUCCUGUGCUGGGCUCCGAGGUGCCAGGAACACCCAACCACCUUUUAUAGUCACCCUUCUGGGAAAAGGUACUCAUUUAAGAACAUACUUGUCAGAGGGAGACAGCCUGUCUCGGGAUCAAGCCCUCAGAACCGCUGUUUCUUAGAAUGGUUAGUUUUUAAUCUUUUUAAAAUGACUACAAAUUAAACAAUAAAUAUUUUUUAUAGAACAGUCAGAAAUACUGGUUAGUGAAUAUAACUAUGUAUACAUACACGGUACCUGCAUACAUAUAAGAUAGGCCCAUGGAAUCCGCUACAAGAGGUCAUUCAGGUUCUAGUACUAAAUUUACACACCGGUCCUGGCAGCGUGACCCAGCAAAACUUCAACAAUCACACCUUCCGUGUCCCUUUUCAAGGUCCUAGAGGGUAAUGAUGCUUCCCUGUGACUCACUGUGACUCAGCGCAGCAACCUUGGCUCUCAUGUGAAGGUAAAUAUUUACUGCUCACCUGGGUCUGGGCUACAGAUUGUUACAUAAAUUGCUAGAAGUCAUUUGUGUAAAAGUGACUCAAACAAAACUAGAAAUGGAAGUUAGGCAAGUUGGGCCCCUCCCCAAAGCCUGCAUUUCACUGCCCUCCUGGCCCAACGCUGUGUGAUGACGGCAGGCUCUGGAAGGAAGACACCGUGCACAGGACAACAGAGGACGUGCCCGUCUGCUGGCAGCAGCCCACCACCAGCCACGAACAGCUGGAAGGUGAUGCCCCUGGACACCCAUCAGGUGGUCCUUGGAAAAGUCCCACUUGGCUCACAGAACUUCCACUUCCUGGUAUGGGGGUCUCGGCCUCACCCGACCUCUUCAGGGUAUCUGCGGAGGAUGCACAGCCCCCACAAACCAGCACGCCUGCUGACCUCUCCUCCUGUCCACUGCGUCCCUCUCGGUCAUCAGUGGAACGUCAGGACAUGCACAGGUUUUGGAUGAACCUCAGGAAGGCUCGGCUGUGGGAGAAGCACCAGGUUGGCCGUGCAUGUGCACCCUGAACACUUGGCAACAUUGGGACACCUUGAACAGGACGGGGACGCACCCAGAGCUCUUGUUCUGGUGACCCUGGUGACAGGGAAGGACAGAGCAGAGCUAUGGGGUGUGGAGGGAGUCAUGCCAGGGAGGACAGCACGGAGGUGAAUCAGGCGGGAGCUGCGACACAGGUGCGGAGGGAAGAGGAAGGAGUAGACGCUGGAGCCGAGGGUGGCCGGGGCCGGGGGAUGGCACAGCUGGGCACAGAGAGCGUCAGCAUGAACUGUGGGGACAGCGGGAGCGCACCGGACGGGUCUCUGUGGAGACCAGACACUUGGGAGCAGCCCCGACUCCCCCACAUGUGUAUCCUGCCCUCCAGCAGGCUCUGUCCACCGCUCCACCCAGUGCAACCCCGGGUCCAGCCAUUUCCCGCCCUCCUGCAGCCUCCGCCCAGAGGGUCUUCCUCCAAAACAGAGGCCUCGCCUCCCCCCACCACCCCAGGGGUCACCUGCCCACCUCCAGGCCCCUUCACAGCGGCUUCCUCGGGCCGGCCCGGAGCAGCACCCACCCAGCCCUGCCUCGCCCCAACUUCUCUCCAAGGGGCCUGCUCCCUGAAGGGCCGCCUGUCCUGUUUCCUGCUGGAGUGUUCGGAGCUGGCAGCAAGUGUGGAAACCACGUUGGCUGAGAGAAUGAGAGAGUGCGUAAAAGUGGGGAGAAGGGCAGAGAGAGAGAGAGAAUCCAAAGCACACUCCACGCUCAGCCCAACAAAGGGCUCAAUCCUGGGAUCGUAAUCUGAGCUGAAACCAAGAGUCAGAUGCUCAGCUGACUGAGCCACCCAAGCGCCCCUCAGGUAGGACUUAUAAUACUACACUGAAAGAAGUGGUGAACAAGACAAGGAUGCUUGCUUUCUGAUCUUAGAGGAAAAACCUUUCAGUCUUUCACCAUUGAGUGUGAUGUUAGUUUGGGGAUUUUUAUAUACAGCCUUUAUUAUGUUGAGGUAGUUGCCUUCUGUUUCUAGUUUAAGUGUUUUUACCACAAACUGGCAUUGAAUCUUGUCAACUUUUUCCCCUUCAUUCUGUUAACGUGUAUUACAUUGGUUAUUUUCUUAUGUUGAACCACCCUUGCAUUCCUGAGACAAACUCCACUUGGUGGUGGUAUAUAAUCCAUUUAAUUCUGUUUGCUAAUAUUCUGUUUAGAAUUUUUGCAUCAAUCUUCAGCAGGGAUAUUAAUCUGGUUUUGGUAUCAGAUUAGAAUGCUGCCCUCAUUGAAUGAGUUUCAUUGAAUGAGUUUGAAAGUGUCCCCUCCUCUUCAAUUUUUGGGAAGAUUUGGUAAAAUUCACCAGUGAAGUCAUCUGGUUCUGGUCUCUGUUAAGGGGUUUUUGAUUAGUAAUUCAAUCUCUUUUUUUGGUUACUCUGAUUUUCUAUUUCAUCACAAUUUAUCCUGACAGGGUGUGUUUCUAGGCAUGAGCCAUUUCAUCCAGGUUUCAAUUUGUUGGCACACAGUUGUUCUCUUAUAAUCCUUUUUAUCUCUACUAAAUGGGUUGUACUUUUCCCUCUUUCAUUUCUGACUUUAUAUCUUUUUUUCUUCCUAGUAAAUCUAGACACAAGUUUGUCAAUUUUGUUGAUUUUCUCUAUUGUUCUUCUGUUCUCUAUUUUAUCUCUGCUCUAAUCUCUGUUUUUUCCUUCCUUUUGCUAGCUUUGGGUUUAGUUUUCCUUUCUGUUCUUUGACGGGUUCAUCCUGUCUCCAAGGGCUGCAAUGAGGGUGACAGCCAAUAGGACAUGCAAAAAGUCUACUUACAUGCACCAGAUCCUCUCCGAACCCCAGCCAGAGCUAGCUGAGAAUAUGCUUGUGAUUCAUCCAGUCUGGGAGCGGGCAGCACUGCCACAGCAGAAGGGAAUGCCACCUCCUGAGGCUCAUACAUUACUAUGUUUCAGCCUGGUUAGAGUUUUGGAUAAAAUGCAAGAGUUUAGGAACAGCUCUAGGUGAGCCAUCUGGGCUUUUCCAGAGGAAACUGAAGAGUGACCUUUAGAAGUGGCUCUGUCUCUGCUUUACUGUGGUGUAUCCCCCCCGGGUAGGCCUCUUCUAGGACACUGAUGGCCUGGCCAGCCCUGUGGGCUCAGACAGCAGUGUGGGCUGAACCCUUUUAGGGUGGCCUCAGUGUUCUACAGAUGGACGUUUAAGAACACAGUGCGUGGUAAGUGUAAGGAGAUGCACUGUGGCACAAUGACAGGCCUGAAUCAAAUCCCCACCUCUACCACUCAGCAGCUGUGGGUCUUUGGGAAAAGUUAUUUUAAACCUGGGUUCAUCCCAUCUCUAGUGACUGCUGACUGUGUGUCCAGCCUCAAAACCCAAUGAAUGUUCUGAAGUUCUCCACCCUACCUCCUUCAUUAAGGUCUUAUAAAAAUAUCUACUGGCUUAUAUUCUUCUCAAUGAAGCCUCUUAAAAAAAUAAAAAUGAAUAUUCUACAUAAUAAAUGGGAGAGGGAAUCACGCCAUAUCAAUAACUGGUUGGGCGUUGAUGAGUUUUCAGAGCCAAGAAUCCCUGGGAAGGUGCUGUUACAUAGAAAUGAUCAUGGUUAGGCCACAGGUUGUUAACUUCGACUCUGUGGAAAAUCAGUCCAGUAGCUUUCUUCUACAGAAGAUAGCUUUUUCCCAUAAAAGAAAACCUAGCAAUAAAAAUUAAACUUCUUUACUAGGAAAAAAUGUAGCUAGCUAGAAUGACCAAAUUAUAAUAGUCUACAUUUCAUCUCUUGUAUCUUUUACUACUUAUGUAAGGGGGGGGA